UUCACAACGCCCUCUUGAACAAGGACGAUAAUCAACAGGAAUUACUUCCGGUUAGAGGAAAAAAUGAAAAGAACAAAUUGAACAAUGAGAGGAGUUGCAAGGAAACGAAGUUUUGACAGAACUGUUGUUAAAAAAUGUCCAAAAUGCGAGCAACAGAUUCCAGUUGCCUGCAAGUUCUGCUCAUGUGGGCAUCAAUUUUGGUCGAAAAAGUUCCCAUCUCUCAUAUCAGGAUCAUCAGACAAUGACUCAUCCACCAGAAGAGUACGGAGAACAGAGAGAGCUCGGAGAGACAGCCAGAGACCAGACUACUUCAACUCAGUUGUUAUCGAUACACAGUCUAAGCGAGGAAGAAGGAAAUCCCAGUCUUUACCAGCACACCAGGUACAGGGGGAUAAUACUGCUACACAGGCAUCCUCAGACAGCAGUCCAGUCAAACGACGCAGAGGGAGACCGAGGGGGACCCCAAACAAACCCCUGCUACCAGAUAGAACCAACACUAAAACCCCGCCCACACCAUCCACCCCUCCUGUUGAAGAGGACAUGCAUGCGGAGCUACCCCAGGAGAGGAUCAAACAAUUCCAGUAUAUACUGAUGGACUUAAAUGCUAAAUUCUGUUCACAGAACUUCAAGCCAAGCUAAAGACUUUAAAACAAUUCAGUUCAUACAUGUGCAUACUGAUUGCAUAAAUGCUAAAUUCUGUUCACAGAAUUCAAAAGGAGAUAAAGGCUGUACCUGUCAUGAGGUUUUGAGAAUUGAAAUUGAAAUUCACAGAUUUCGUUCCUAGUUAUUUAGGAAUAAUUGACUGUGGAGUGAGAAGACUGAUGUGGUAAUUCAUGCUGGUUUCUCCACCGCUGAAUUGCGUCUCACACAUCGAAAAGAAUGGGAUAAAAUUAGAAUUUCUAUUUGCGUGAAAAAUAAUU